AUGUCAUUAGCCGAGGCAAAGAAAUUGGACAAAAAGUUCCCAACUUUUAAAAAUGAGUUUGCCAUACCAACUUUUGGAUCAUUAGGUAUCAAAAAUAAUAAAUAUGAGUCAUCAACUGAGUCUAUUUAUUUAUGUGGAAACUCUCUUGGGUUGAUGCCUAAGAAUACAAAGAAAGCUAUCAAUGAUGAAUUGAAUGCAUGGGUUGAACGAGGGGUUGAGUCUCAUUUCAAUCAUCCUGACAAACUGUUAACACCGUGGGUAGACAUCGAUUUACCCUUAUUACCAUUAAUAGCCCCCAUUGUUGGUGCAAAGGAAAACGAAGUUGCAGUUAUGGGUUCUUUAACAGCAAACUUGAAUGCAUUGUUGAUCCAUUUUUACAAACCUGAGGGGAAAAGAACCAAAAUUUUAUUUGAAAAACAAGCAUUUCCUUCUGACUACUAUGCAUUUUUGAACAUUGUUAAAUUGUUCGGAUACGACGAGAAACAUUUGAUUCAAUUGGAAGUUCAACCUGGUGAAACUUAUAUUAAAACAGAAAGAAUAAUCAAGGCUAUAGAUGAGAACCUGGAUGAAUUGGCUCUAGUGUGUUUUCCUGGUAUCCAAUACUACACUGGUCAAUUUUUCAAGAUAGAGGAAAUAACUAAAUACGCUAAGGAAAAGAGCCAACAAAUUAAAGUUGGGUGGGAUCUUGCCCAUGCAGUUGGGAAUGUUCCAUUAAAUUUACAUGAUUGGGGAGUAGAUUUUGCUGCUUGGUGUUCCUACAAAUAUUUAAACUCGGGACCUGGAGCCAUAGGUGGAAUUUUUGUGCAUGAAAAAUACACUAUAGAGAACAAGAAGAGCAGUUUCGUUCCUAGACUAGCUGGUUGGUGGGGCAAUAACUCCCAAGAACGAUUCAAAAUGUUAGAAGAGUUUGAUCCAAUAAACUCGGCUCUUUCUUACAGACAGUCAAAUCCUUCUGUUCUUGAUGUUGUUGCUGUGAAGUCGUCAUUGGAAGUGUAUGCUAAAGUGGGUGGAGUAUCUAAACUUCGUGAAAAAAGUGUUGCUUUGACUCAAUUUUUACAGGAUCUAUUGACGAAUUCCAAGUAUUACAUACCACAAUCCAGUACAUCAAACUCCAAAUUUGGGUUUAAAAUUUUAACUCCUUUGAAUCCAGCUGAAAGAGGAUGUCAAUUGUCCAUUAUGUUUCAACCGCAUUUCGAUGAAAAGGACAAGAACGUCAUGGAACGAGUUAAUGCGUACUUGCAUGAUCAUGCUAUAAUCUGUGACGAAAGAAGACCAGAUGUAAUCAGAUUAGCCCCAUUGCCGUUAUACAAUACUUUUGAAGAGACUUUUAUUGCUGUCCAGAGAUUAUUUGAAGCCCUAGAUAAUAUCUCUAAAGAAUAUAUGUAA